AUGCAACAGUACGCCGUUGAUCAAUGCUGUAAGAUCGAAGAACAGCGGCUCAAGUUCCAACGUGAACAUCAAGCACAGCUGCGUGCCGAUGCAUACGCUGGCAUAAUGGAUUUUGCUGGUCCAAUCGUCAAUCCGUUACCGGAAGAUCCGCUCGAACACGACCGAACACUUGGGCAAGCGGGCACACGCAUUAUUCUUGCCCCAUCUUUCCCAGGAGGCGAGCGCUAUAUGCGCGCCCAAUAUCAAGAUUCGAUGGCCAUUGUGAGAGCUAUUGGAAAGCCAGAUUUAUUUAUCACUGUCACUUGCAACCCGAAAUGGGUAGAGGUAUCGGAAGCUUUACUUCCACGACAACAUGCCGCAGAUCGACCAGAUCUGACGGCCCGUGUGUUUCGACUGAAACUAAAAUCUAUCUUGGAUGACCUUUCGGCUGGAGUUCUUGGUUUAGAGAUUGCACGCAUUCAUGUUAUUGAAUACCAGAAGCGUGGCCUUCCCCAUGCUCACUGUUUGCUGAUGCUUGCUGAAGCGGACAAGCCACGAUCGGCGGAUGAUUAUGACCGUUUAGUCUCUGCCGAAAUCCCGGAUCCAGAAAACGAACAACUUUAUCAAACAGUACGCAUGUGCAUGAUGCAUGGACCAUGCGGUAGAUCGAAUCCGGAUGCACCGUGUAUGAAAGAUGGUGUAUGUUCGAAAAGGUUCCCGAAAAAUUUCACCAAUGAAACAAAACAAGCCGAUGACGGUUAUCCAGUAUAUAGACGACGCAACGAUGGACGUACUGUAACAGUAAAGGGUGUACACCUGGACAAUCGUUAUGUUGUACCCUUCAAUCCGUGGUUGUGUCAUAAAUACGAUUGUCACAUAAACGUCGAGGUAUGUUCGUCGGUGGCCAGUGUUAAGUACCUUUACAAGUACGUGUAUAAGGGACACGACCGAGUAGUAAUUUCGCCAUCUACAUCAUUGAACGAGAUACAAGAAUAUCUUGAUGCUCGGUACAUAUCAGCAUCUCAGGCCAUGGCAAUCAUCUUCGGUUUCGAGAUGCAGGAAAAAACAGUCACUGUCGUCGUACUACCGAUACACCUCGAGAACCAACAGGGAAUCGUCUUUAAUUCGAACGAAAACAUCGAAUCUGUCAUCGAACGAGGCCACCACACAAUGCUAACGCGCUUCUUUCAGCUGAUGGCAAAUGAUCCUUCCGCGCGAAAUCUCACAUAUCAAGAGCUACCGACGUACUUCCGAUAUGCCAAGCCAACUCAGCGACUUCCAUGGCAUGAAGGCUCAGGAUGCCAGUGGAUUCAACGCAUUCGUGACGCAAGCAUCGUGAUUGGUCGUAUGGUAUACUGUCCGAUGUCGCAGAUGGAACGGUACUGCUUGCGGUUGAUGCUGUGCUAUCGCAAGGGCCCAACUUCAUUUGAAGACCUUCGGACGGUUGACGGUAUCGUUUAUGCGUCUUACCAUGAAGCAGCUACUAUGGCUGGGCUACUACAAGAUGAGCAUGAAUGGGAUCGGGCAAUGCAGGAAGCCUUUUCGUUCCAUAUGCCAUCUCAACUGCGCCAUCUGUUCGCAAUCAUCCUGUCGCAACAGCCACAAAAUCCUCGCCGCCUGUGGGAGUCGUACGUGUUACAUUUAUGUGAGGAUUUCCAUUGGCAGCAUCGAGAGCGUUAUACAACGCAGGACUCUGAUCAAAACAUGCUGCUACGUACACAGGAGCAAUUUUGUGCUCUGCGCGUCAUCGACAGAUAUUUGCGUCAAAUGACACCAUCAAAAACGCUGACCAACUUUCCAGACAUGCCACAAUUGGCUGAUUUUCAACAUCUUCCGAUGCACCUUCAAUCCGAUCAGCAUAACGAUGUAAAUUCGCACAUCGAUGCAGAACGUUCGUAUAGCUUCAAUGUACUAGACGAAACGCUUGCAUCGAUAAAUCUACUGAAUUCCGAGCAAAGAGUGGUGUACGAUAUUGUCACUGCCGCGGUAGAUCGUAUCGGACCAGAGAUAGAAGAUUUUCCAGAAGAGCAUCACAACCUUUUCUUUCUGGAUGGUCCUGGUGGUACCGGAAAAUCUUUCCUCUUAGAGAAAAUUCUGGCGUAUACGAGGCGGAAGUCAAAGAUAGCACUGGCUCCAGCUGCGAGCGGUAUCGCCGCGUUACUUCUGACUGGUGGUAGAACAGUGCACACAACUUUUAAGCUGCCACUGGUGCUGGACGAGUAUAGCACCUGCAACAUACCAACCCAAUCGUCGCUUGCGGACCUAAUGCGGCAAACCUCUCUUAUCGUCUGGGACGAAGCUUCGAUGAGCAGUCGCUUUGCUCUGGAAGCAGUAGAUCGUAGCUUAAAAGACAUUGUAGGUGUACAUCGGCCGUUUGGUGGUAAGGUGGUACUGCUUUGUGGUGACUUCCGGCAGAUUUUACCAAUAGUUCCGAAAGGUACCGAUGCACAGGUGGUUCAGCAAUCUAUCAACAACAGUGUGUUGGAACAAUUACCUGGCCAGGUGCAGGAGUAUCUUUCGGUAGACACGUUGGUCAACCCGGAAGAGCAAGAGGCGCUUCAGUUGCCACCAGAGUUUCUGCACUCUAUUAAUUUCAGAUACAAAGUUAAAGCUAGGGUAAUACAUGGUGACAGGGAAAAAGGCUGUCCCACCUGUAACCAUCCAACGGAGCUGCCAGCGGAACCGGGCGGUAUUGGCCAGCUACCGCAGCAAUUUGUGGUGGUGAAGGAAAUCGAGAACAUCAUUUCGCAGCGGGCUCUUCUCGGUAUGGUUCGCACACAAAUUUUGCACCAUCAUCAAUCGCAUUUGCUCGGUGCACGUUAUGUUCUGACGAAGUUGCACGUGCUGCUGAAGCGGUUCGAACAGAGCCAGAAGUCGUUUGGAACGCUCGAUGGUACCAUUACCGAUACAAUGCAAUUCGUCGCCGACAAGGAAGCACCGAAUGUGCGGGUGCCAACCAACGUCCCGAUAUUUGGCAUCGUUAUCACCCACAGAGUAGGCCCACAGAAGAGUGCCAUCGAGCAAUCGGCCGGUGAUCUGGCUACCCUGGAGGCACACAAGCUGGUCUUGCAGGACUACGAAGGUCGUCGGUCGGGUCACGGUGGCAUUACGGUGCAGACGGAUCUCCGCUCUCGGGAUGACGAUGAUCACUCGGUAUCAAUGACCAUCGCUGACAAUCGGGACGGGUCAUAUGGGCUGACGUUUGAACCGUCGCGUCCCGGUGUAAUGCAUUUGAUGCUUUUCGUUGACGGAAAGUUGUUGGAGGUGUGUCUGAUGUGUCGAUUAUGCUCGCCGGUGUUGCGUACAAUUGAUGUGACUUUCUUCGCUGCCCAGAACUGCCCAGUAGUGCUGUGA